AUGAAAACAGGGCAGCGGCAGUCCGUCUCUCGAGCUUCUUCGACCUCAACGAAUGCAAAAGAAGAAAACUCAGAGACGAUCCCAACUGAUCUCAUGAUCGAAAUCUCUUUGAGAUUACCAAGGAAGUCUAUAGCGAGAUGCCGAUGCGUAUCAAAGCUCUGGAACUCCACGCUUGACAGUCCAUAUUUCAUCGAGUUUUUGACUCGCCCUCGGUUCUUGUUCUCCUUCCAAAAAGACAGUGAGCUCUGCUUCCUCUCGUCGCCUCAAGAUGAGAACUCGUCUCUUGUAGACGCAGAUUAUCAUCUCAAGCUCAAAUUGGAAGACUCCUUUAAAGUUUGUGGUCAUGUCCGAGGUUUGGUCUGCCUUCAUGAUCUUUGGGGGAUAAAGGGAAAGAAAGAAACGGCUCCGGUGAUAUGUAACCCAAGAACGGGACAGUUGUUGCCUUUACCCAAAGUGAAGACGAAGAGGAGCAUUCCAGUGAAGAGUUUUUUUGGGUUUGAUCCGACUGAUAAAGAAUUCAAGGUAUUGACCAUAACCGAUGGGGUUCAGCAUCGAGUUCUGACGUUAGGGACUCGAAAACUUGAAUGGAGAAUGGUCGAAUGUGGCAUUCCACGUCAUUAUCCUACUAGAGAUGGGAUAUGCAUCAAUGGUGGUUUGUAUUAUUUAGCUGGUUUUCAAGGGCCUGGUCAUGUGCCUUUUCGUGCGAUAGUAUGCUUUGAUGUGAGGUUGGAGAAGCAUAGAGUUAUUAACGCAGCUGAGGGCAUGGAUCUAGAUCAAGGGACUCUUGUAAACUACAAGGGGAAGAUAGGUGUUCUUGCGUCAGAUGAUGUUUCUUGGAUAGACAGACUUACCGGAGAGAGUAGACAUAUUGUGUUGUGGGUUCUAGUAGACACAGAGACACAUGAAUGGUCGAAGCAUGUAUAUGAAUUGCCACAACCUCUGUGGAAGAAUGUAGUUGCGUUAUACUUUGUUGGAGUGACUGGUGGUACCGAUGAAGUUGUCUUGUGGCCGCGAUCUGUAUGUGCUCCGUUCUAUGUUUACUACUACAACAUGGAGAGGAAUACUUUGAGAAGAGUUGUGAUUAAAGGAAUGGAUGCGGCGGUUAGGUACUAUGGAGGUUGCAUGACUCUAGACUAUGUAGAGGACCUGAAGCUUAUGAGACAUGAUGCUACCAUCCUUACUCUGGUACCAAAGUUCCCAGGUGCCUCACGAAUCUCUGACUAUAGGCCCAUAUCUUGUUUAAAUACCUGGUACAAGGUUGUCUCCAGACUGCUUGUCUCUAGGCUGAAACCUAUCCUCUCAGACCUGAUUCUGCCUAGUCAAACUGCCUUUGUAAAAGAUAGACUGUUAGUGGAGAAUACAGUACUAGCUGGUGAAUUGGUAAAUGGGUACCAUAAAUCAAAGGGACCUAAGAGAAUUACCAUUAAAGUGGACAUCGCCAAAGCCUUUGAUAGUGUGUCAUGGGAUUUCCUCUUCAACUGUUUGAAAGGCCUCUCACUUCCUCCGCAAUACAUACACUCGCUGAAAUUGUGCAUCUGCACAACAAACUUCACCAUAGGUUACAAUGGAAUGGUUCAGGGUUACUUCAGAGGGAAAAGAGGGUUAAGACAAGGAGAUCCUCUCUCCCCCUAUUUGUUUGUAAUCGCCAUGAACUGCCUAUCACACAUGCUUAACAAAGCGGCUGAGGAAGGAAAAAUUAGCUACCAUCAUCAGUGUAGGGCAUCGAAACUUACUCAUUUGUGUUUUGCGGAUGACCUCCUUAUCUUUGUGGACGGUUCCCUUGACUCGGUUCAGAAGGUUCUUCAGGUGCUCCAUGAAUUCCAUCUCCGGUCAGGGCUUGCCGUCAGCGUACAGAAAUCGAGUUUCUUCGCCUCUGGGAUGUCUGACCAUGAAUGCGACUUGAUCAAAUUCUCAACAGGGAUGCCCCAAGGAACUCUACCCGUUACCUCAUGGAGUGCAAGGUCUCUCUCCUUUGCAGGUCGACUCCUUCUCAUCAAAACAGUGAUAGCUGGGAUCUCAACUUUUUGGUGCUCGUCUUUCAUACUACCUAAAGCCUGCAUCAAAAGGAUAAACUCUCUCUGUAGUAUCUAUCUCUGGAAAGGCAAUAUAGAGGGUCACAACUCAGCAAGAGUCUCUUGGGCGACUGUUACUUUAACAAAAGAGGAAGGAGGUUUAGGAAUAAAAGACCUGGUAGUGUGGAAUAGAGCAUGCUGUCUUAAGCUUAUCUGGCUCCUUUUCUUCCAAUCAGGCUCUGUGUGGGUAGCCUGGUUCACAAAGGAGGUGUUGGAAGGCAACGUGAGUAACUUCUGGAUAGUAAAAACUCACAGAGACAAUUCUUGGCUUGCGAAUAAAUUGAUAAAGAUGAGGGACGAUGUUUACCCAUGGAUAAAGAUAAAGCUAGGAGAUGGAAGGGCUACGAGGUUCUGGUCAGACAACUGGUCUCCGUUAGGGAACAUAACAGCCUAUCUGCAAGGGACAAGAAACACUAGGCUUGAAAUUCCAGUUUUGGCAACGCUGGCUAGCUUGAAUGGAAAUGAUAGGUGGUUGCUACCUCUUGCAAGGUCAGAAAACAUGGUCAAUUUACAAGCUUAUCUCACGACAGUUACUCUAUCGGAUCAAGAAGACACUUAUGAAUGGGAGGUUGAUGGAGUCGUAUUAAAGAAAUACUGUAUAGGAGGGAUCUAUCACAAGCUAAGAAGAGAGCAACAAGCAGUUCCUUGGUCUAGAGCUGUUUGGCAAAAUAGUGGAAUUCCCAAACAUAACUUCCUUACUUGGUUGUUUGUUCUGAAUCGCUGCCUUACUAGAGAUCGUAUCUUGGCUUGGGGACUUCAAACGGACGCGAAGUGUCUCCUCUGCAACUCUGGAACUGAAUCCCGAGAUCAUCUCUACUUCGACUGUCUUUUUAGCUGGGGAAUCUGGAGACAUAUGGCGAAACGGAGUAACCUGCGACCUGCACGCAUGUGGGCAGACUCCUUAGCUCAGAUGAACUCUCUAUCAGCGGGUAAACAUUGGAAUAAACUUACGCUCUUGGCUUGGCAAGCUUCGAUCUAUUGGAUAUGGCAUGAAAGAAAUGGGAGACUACAUCGACAAAUCUUCAAUUCAGGUGAAUCAAUCCAUGGGUUAAUAGAUAGGCAAAUCAGGAACCGAAUUGCGAGUUACCGAGAUGUGAACACAAAGAUGGCUUCAAAACUCCUGCAACUUUGGCUUUCAACGGAGAGUGUUGGAUGA